AUGGCUUCGUCGCACAACGGAGGCCGUUUCGCUUCGCGCACCGCCUUUGAGGCGCUCCAGGUCGAAGAGAUCGAAUCCGACGAGGAAGAGAUCGUCGAGGAGCCGCAGCCAGUCAAGCCAGCUCAGCCCGCUUCGCAGCCCUCGACCGCCAAGGACAACAAGAACAAGGCUGCCAAGCAGGACAACACCGCCGCCGCCCCGCCGCAAAAAACCGAGCCCCAGACGGGCAAGGCGGCAGCAGAAUUGUCCUCCCAAGGGACUGCAUCCGGCCAAGCUGCCAAGCCGCCUGCCUCCAACGGAUUGAACAGUGCCAAUGGAGCCAACGGACACGAAUCGCUCACUUCCGCUACUGUGGAGAAGCUCGGUGCACAGAGCAAAGUGACCUCUACGCCUCCCGCUCCUUUUACUGGCCAAGCACCCAGGCAAGGCACCGAGGCCGAACAAAAGACCGCGGCUCCCGCUGCGGCCAAGUCAGCACAAGCCAAUUUGGACCGGCCCGAAUCGAUUCUCAAUUCUGCGCCUAAGGCUGCUGGAUCCGAUGACGUUGCCCGAGAUGUCAAGAUCCAGACUCCCCAGCGACCACCUCAGUCUGAGGCGCCCAAACGCCAAUCAUUGUCCAAGCAGCCGUCGCAGCAGAUCCAGGAUGAUGCUGCCGCUGCCGCAAAGGCCAAGUGGAAAAAGAUCUACGAGAGGACACUCUACACUCUCAUCAUGAUUGGCGGCUUCAUCGGCUUGUUGCUCCUCGGUCAUCCGUACAUGAUCUUGCUCGUCAUGAUCUCGCAGACGCUCGUCUACCGCGAAAUUGUCGCCCUCUUCAACAUUCCCGGCAGACCGUCUGUCACGGGUGGAGGAGGACGUUCGAGCCGCAUGUCGUCGGCUCCCACCAGCGCUGCAACGAGCGAGGUGGAGGACGACGACGAAGAGGAGCGCAUCCAGAAGCGCCUCGAGGGCCGCCGCGAUCAGCUCUGGAGCAAGACGCUCAGCUGGUACUUUUUCGCUGUGACCAACUACUUUCUCUACGGCGAAUCGAUCAUCUACUACUUCAAGCACAUUGUGUUCGUCGACGCCUACUUUAUCCCCUUCGCACGACACCAUCGCUUCCUCUCCUUCAUGCUGUACGUGUUUGGCUUCAUGGCAUUCGUCUCGAACCUCAAGCGUCGCAACCUCAAGCACCAGUUCGGCCUGUUCUGCUGGGUACACAUGUCGUUGCUUCUCAUCGUGUUUUCGAGCCACUUUAUUGUCAACAACAUCCUCGAGGGCCUCAUCUGGCUGUGGGUGCCUGCCUCGCUGGUGGUCUGCAAUGAUGUGUUUGCAUAUAUCUGUGGCAUGACGUUCGGCAAGACGCCCCUCAUCGACCUCAGCCCCAAGAAGACGGUCGAGGGAUUCGUGGGAGCCUUCGUCAUCACCGAGAUCUUCGCUUACGGAUGGGCGACGUUCUUUCAGCGAUACAACUACAUGAUCUGCCCCGCGGUGAGCCUGGGUAUGAACGCGUUCAAGGAGGUGAGCUGCGAGGUAAAUCCGGUAUUCCACUGGCACUACCUCUCGCUCCCCCCCGCCAUCGCGUCGCUAGCUUCUUCGAUCGUCGGACACCGCGUCUCGGCGAUGCCUUGGACGCCGUUCCAGCUGCAUGCUCUGGUGAUGGCUGCGUUUGCCAGCUUAGUGGCACCAUUCGGUGGCUUCUUUGCGAGUGGUUUCAAGCGCGCUUUCAACAUCAAGGACUUCGGCGACAGCAUCCCUGGACACGGCGGCCUCACAGACCGUUUUGACUGCCAGUUCCUCAUGGGACUUUUUUCGUACGUCUACUACUCGUCGCUGAUCCGAGAACACCACGUAACGGUUGGAUCGGUGCUGCAGACGGUUGUCACGCAGCUCACGCUCCAAGAUCAGGUGGAGCUCUAUAACGAGAUCAGCCGAUACCUUGUUGGCCAGGGCAUCAAGGCUUGA